UUCAAUGAUUUAAUAGGUUUCCAUUUCUUCCCUUUAUAUAAACCAACCUUCACUUUUCCCCUUAGUUUUCAAAUCACUAGGGGAAAGAAAGAUACAUUGUUUCACAAAAUAAAAUGGGUCGUUUCUUUCUUAUCCUCUUUCUCUUGUGUGUCACUUGGUCAGCGGGUAAUGCCCGCCGACCAUUCGCUUGUGACCCAAGAAACGCAGCCGUGAAAGGACUGCCCUUUUGCAAGGUUAAUUUGCCGAUAGACGUCAGAGUAAGGGACUUGCUUUCACGACUGACGUUAAAAGAGAAACUUGGGUUGCUAGUAGACAAUGCCACUGCCAUUCCUCGGCUAGGAAUUGAUGAGUAUGAGUGGUGGUCCGAGGCACUUCAUGGUGUCUCAAAUGUUGGCCCGGGGACCAGGUUCGGUGGCCAGUUCCCCGGUGCCACCGCAUUUCCGCAAGUUAUCACCACGGCUGCCUCGUUUAAUACGACCUUAUGGGAAGAAAUUGGGCGGGUAGUGUCCGAUGAAGCUAGAGCAAUGUACAACGGAGGUGUUGCGGGACUAACAUAUUGGAGUCCGAACAUUAACAUAUUUAGAGACCCAAGAUGGGGCCGGGGUCAGGAAACACCCGGCGAAGACCCGAUAGUAGCCGGUGAAUACGCGUCUCGAUACGUUAGGGGACUACAAGGUAACCUCCCCGGUGAUAGGCUAAAAGUGGCUGCGUGUUGCAAACAUUAUACCGCGUAUGAUCUUGAUAAUUGGAGUGGGACGGAUCGUUUUCAUUUUAACGCUAAGGUGAGCAGACAAGAAAUGGUGGAUACAUUUGAAGUACCAUUCAGACAAUGUGUUACUCAAGGAAAGGUAGCCAGUGUUAUGUGCUCAUACAAUCAAGUCAAUGGCAUUCCAACUUGUGCUGACCCGAGACUUCUUCGCGACACCAUUCGUGGUGCUUGGCGACUCAACGGUUACAUAGUUUCGGAUUGUGAUUCUGUUGGAGUAUUUUAUGACAAGCAACACUAUACUGCAACUCCUGAAGAAGCUGCAGCAGAUGCUAUAAAAGCAGGUUUGGAUUUGGAUUGUGGCCCAUUUCUAGCUAAACAUUCACAAGGUGCAGUCGAUCGAGGUCUACUAAAAGAGACUGACAUCGACAGUGCAUUACUUAACACACUUACGGUUCAAAUGAGAUUGGGGAUGUUUGAUGGCGAUUCAACAGCAAAAAUCUUUGGUAAUCUUGGCCCGAAAGAUGUCUGUACCCCAGCUAACCAAGAGCUUGCUCUUGAAGCAGCAAGACAAGGAAUCGUUCUUCUCAAGAACCAUGGCCCAUCAUUGCCUCUAUCCCCAAGACGUCAUCCAACUGUUGCAGUUAUCGGGCCUAAUUCAGAUGUUACUGUUACAAUGAUUGGAAACUAUGCUGGGAUAGCAUGUGGAUACACAACUCCUCUACAAGGAAUUGCAAGAUACACGAGGACUAUUCAUCAGCCCGGUUGCAGGAAUGUUAAGUGCAAGAACUCUCACCUUUUUGGUGAUGCGAUGGGUGCAGCCCGCCAAGCUGAUGCAACCGUUUUGGUAAUGGGUUUGGACCAGACGAUAGAGGCAGAGUUUGUAGAUAGAAAUGGGCUGCUUCUACCUGGAUAUCAACAAGAACUUGUAUCUAAAGUCGCUGCAGCUUCAAAAGGGCCUGUUAUAUUAGUAUUGAUGUCAGGUGGGCCUGUUGAUGUGUCGUUUGCUGAGCAUGAUCCUCGGAUCGGUGCUAUUGUUUGGGUAGGUUAUCCGGGCCAAGCUGGUGGCACUGCCAUUGCUGAUGUGUUGUUUGGAACACAUAAUCCAGGAGGAAAGCUACCAAUGACAUGGUAUAAACAAGACUACCUCUCGAAAGUGCCAAUGACGACAAUGGACAUGAGAUCAAACCAAGCAAGGGGUUACCCAGGUCGAACAUAUCGUUUCUACAAUGGCCCGGUUGUGUACCCAUUCGGGCAUGGAUUUAGCUACUCAACAUUCGUUCAUAUACUAGCAAGUGCUCCUGCAACUUUCACAGUACCAGUAGAUGGUCGCCACAAAAACACAACCGCAGUCACAGACACAGUAAGGGUGACACAUGCCAAGUGUGCCGGGCUGUCCAUUGUUCUCCAAGUGGACGUAAAGAAUGAAGGCUCUAAAGACGGGUCACACACAAUGCUCGUUUACUCAACCCCGCCCGUUGGUCACUGGGGUCCACACAAACAAUUAGUUGCGUUUUCGAAGGUGCACGUGCCAGCAAGGACACAGCUCAGGGUGCCUAUAAAGAUUCAUGUGUGCAAGUUUUUGAGUGUUGUCGACAAAUCUGGGAUUCGAAGAAUUCCUAUGGGACAACACAGUCUUCAUAUUGGUGAUGUUAAACAUCUUCUAUCCAUUCAGUCGAAUCCGCUAGGGGUGAUCAAAUCUUAAUUAGUGGAAACUGAACCUAAAAGGCUUCACAAAUUAAUAGUAGUAUAAGUUUAGUAUAGCUUGGCAAUAAGAAUUGUUGCUGAGUUCAUUCAGUUGGACAGAAAUAUUGAAAUUGAAUAGAUGCUUAUUAUCAUUUUGGAUCAUUACUCUUUUAUAAUACAAUUUGAACAUAUUGGUGAUUUGAAUGGAAAUUCUUCUUCGUUGACUAAAA